AUGGCGACAGAUACUUCAAUGAGAGCAAAGUUGGCAGCUUCAUGUCGAAGGUAUCCAGGUAGGACAUUCCCUAAUCAUCCCUUUUACUCUCAGUCUUUGGGUGCUGGUCAGCUUUCCUUGUUCAACCUUUUGAAAGCCUAUUCUUUACUGGAUAAGGAGGUUGGGUACUGCCAAGGACUUAGCUUCGUUGCUGGAAUACUUCUUUUACAUAUGCCAGAAGAACAGGCUUUCUCUAUGAUGAAGUAUCUGAUGUUUGAUUUAGGCCUUCGCAAACAAUAUAAAACAGAUAUGGUUGCUUUUCAAGUUCAAAUGUAUCAGCUUUCCCGUCUAAUUCACGACAACUACAGGGAUCUAUAUGAACAUCUGGAAAAGAAUGAUAUCGCACCAACUUUAUAUGCCGCUCCCUGGUUUUUGACAUUAUUUGCAUCACAGUUUCCUGUUGGAUUCGUUUCAAGGCUUUUUGAUCUCAUAUUUCUGAGCGGUAUUGAUGUGGUUUUCAAAGUGUCACUGGUGCUACUUGGCAAUUACAAAACCCAUAUUUUAACUUGUGACAGUUUUGAAUCUACUAUGGAUUUCUUGAAGACGACUCUGCCUUCUAUUGAUGUUUUACAGAUGGAAAUUAUUUUCAAUCAGGUUUUUAAUCUGAAUAUCGGUGGACAGCUACAUGCGUAUGAAGUGGAGUACCAUGUUCUUCUGGAAGAAAUGAUUCACUCUCCGUCCAAAAACUCUGCCGAGCUGGAAACUUUGGAAGCAGCCAACAAAUGUCUUAAAGCACAAAAUAUGGAGUUCAUGGAACAGUUACAGGUUGCUUACUCAAGGAUACACAAUCUUGAAGCAUCUGAGGCCAGCUUGAAGAGCACAGUUCGCCGGUUGAAGGGUCGUAUUGCUACCUUAGAAGAUGAAAAAGAGGCUCUUACUCAUAGCCUUCGUAUAAUGAAAAAGCGAUUAGAAAAGCUAGAAAAGCUGGAAGUUGCUAGAAUAGAAGAUUCUUCUUCUUUAGCCGAAACAGAAGAGGAAGAAGAGCAUCCGCCACCUUUCGGAGUUGUAUAUGCCUUAGCGGGAUCCGAGAAAGAAGAGGACCAGCAGUUUAAAGAAUUAAUGCGAAAAUAUAGUCAUGGAAAGGAGCCGGAAAAAUGGAAUGAGGUAUUUAAAGAUACGACUGAAAAUAAGACCAGUUCAGCAGAAGAUCUUACUGAUAACUCUACUGAUCUGACUGAUAGCAAAAUUACUAGGACUGAGGAAUCUCUCAUUUGAAAAAUAAAUAAAUAAAUAAAUAAAAAUAAAAAAAUCAAGUGCACGGAAAUAUCCUCAGACAUGAGCUUACACUAUAUGUUCUAAGAGAAGUAUAUUUGCCUGCCAUUCUGUAAUAUUGAGGGUUAAAGAUUUUAACAUGAAAAAUUAAUUUAACUGUGAAGUACCAAAAAGUGCUGUUUAAAUUGAACGGUGCAUGUUAUAAGCUGUUACUUUAAAAUGUUAGAACUGUUAUUCAAUUUGAUUUUGAAAUUUAUUCUCCGCUAAUCGUUUUUUAUAGAUUAAUGUUACAUAAACUCAACUCAGAGGAGAGUUUUAUUUUUAAUUCAAAUGACAUUCAUUGUACAACAAACUUACAUCAGUAUGAGUUUUAAUAAAUUCUUAAUUUAAAUAUCAUACCUAUUAAAAAUAAUUGGAAACUUUCUGCAGUUUCAUGAUUUUUAUUACGGUAAUAAAUGACUCAAGUUUGUAUGAAGAAAUACUCCUUGUUAUUUAAGUUCCUGAUUAUUUUCUUUUUAAUCGUAAGAUAAUGUUGUAUUUAGAUAUUUAAUACUAGAUGUUUUGUUGUACAAAAAGUUCAUUCUGAGCGACUAUUUCAGUUCAUAUCCUUUGGAAGUUUUGUGCGGCUCAUGUUCUUCCUAAAUUGUAAUACUCUUAUAACUGGGCAACAAUUGAUAUAACUUUGUAUCUUGAAAUAAAAAAUACUCUUGACAUAUCCACUUGUAAGUGAAUUUAAUGUUAAUUUAUUAUUCUUGAAAUAUUCAUUCAUUUAAUUUCCUGAUUAAUUUUUGCUCCAGCUAUAUGAAAUUUUAUUGUAUUGAAAUACUCCGUAUUAAACAGAAAUUUUGUUACAUAAAA